CCGUAGGUCACAUGACACAAACACAACUACGCAAAACAGGAAGUUGGAGAAGUGAUCGGAGAGCUCAAUGAUAAUGUCGCAUUGAUUAUUUAUAUUCAUAUCUCUGGCCUUUGUAACUUUCUGUGGAGGCAAAAUGUGUGAUCCUAUAUUCGAGUAUCAAUUUAGACUUAUUCUGAUUGGGGAUAGUACUGUAGGUAAAUCGUCUUUGCUCAGGUAUUUUACAGAUGGCAAAUUCGACGAGGCCUGUGACCCCACAGUUGGUGUUGAUUUCUAUGCACGACUGAUGGAAGUGAAACCUGGUGUACGAGUUAAACUCCAGCUUUGGGACACUGCUGGACAAGAACGAUUUAGGUCGAUCACAAGGUCUUACUACAGAAAUUCUGUGGGUGUGAUGAUUGUAUACGAUAUCUCCAAGAGGAGCAGUUUUGAGAAUCUGAAAGACUGGUAUGAAGAAGCACGGGAGCACAUUGAGCCGCACAAGGCCAUCUUCGUUAUCUUGGGUCACAAGGCAGACAACGAUGAGAAACGACAAGUGACAUUCAGAGAAGGAAAGCGCUUUGCUGAAAUGCAUGGACUAAAAUUUUUUGAGACAUCUGCCAAAACUGGCCAGAAUGUUGAGGAAUCCUUUGCACAGAUUGCAAAAGACACAUAUCAGCAUUUGCAAGAUGGUCAUAUCAAGAUAGAAGAAGGCUGGGAUGGAGUCAAGGUAGGAUUUGCCAGGCCAAAAGAGACAGUUCAUUUAGCUGAGGCGGAGGGGGAAAGCCGGUGCUGUUGAAAUCGUGUGUUGUAAAAUUUGUUACACAUGUGUCGAGAUUGUUCUGAACGGGUGUGAGAAUGUAGCCUCUUACAGGAAUUGGUGAAGGAGUGAAGGUCUGGUCUUGUCAAUAUAUUGCAGACAACAGGGCAGUGUACAAUGUCACAUGUGCUGUCCUCGGGGCGUUUUCAUCCCUUUAAUCCCACAAUAGAUGUUUUCAUUAAGUCGUUAGUGUUCAAAAGCUGGUUACACAUUCUUUAUUCAUGAUCCCAUUCACACACAGAAAUGAAUUACUCCCAAAGUUGUUUUUUUUGUUAAGUUGAAAACCUGAUUGUUAUGGUAAUCAUAGUGUACAGGUGUCUGGUGGUGCACAGACUGCUGGUACAGGAUAAAGAGAAGGGGAAAGUUUGUUCAUUUUUGGCAGUUCCAUGCUAGAGGCUAAUUGUCACUUUUACCCUAAGGUAGUUGUGAGAUGCUGUUGGAUAAUCCAAACAUUUCACUCUUGUGAUAAUUUUGGGGAAUUCUCACUGAAUGCAGUUUUAAUGUAGGGACCGUAUAAUCAAUUCAAGCAAUUGUUCUAAUGAAGGGUAGCAGAAUUAUAUUAUAGACUGGUAGAGGAACUCCUGGGUGCAGUUAUGUUCUUUGUUACGUGCUCAUUCUGUGUGAAAAAAGUAGCUCUGUGCAUCUGAGUGAUCAUUGCUAUUUGAAUUUAAGUUGAAAUUUUAACGCCUGAACAUCUUGUGCUUUUGUACUUACCCAAGUGAGCCAGCGUAAUGUUGUUCCAUAAUUUACAUGUUGUUUUAAUUUCGGUGUGAGUGACCAAGGCUGUCCCAGAAGUUAAAUGUGCAAUAUGUCAUUUUUUGCCUGUUUGCUGUUUGAUAAUGUCUUUUUUAUGAGUUGCAAAGUGUAUCAAUCUGCUUUUCAAGCAUAAUUUUUAAAUGUCUUUUCUGCAAAGCUGUGAUUUCUUUUUUGUUGAUGUGACUUGACUUGUUACUGCAUGCAGUGGAUAUUUGAACAUAAUCAUAAUGCCUCCCUGUGCAUGGGAUGAUUUUAAAGGUUUACAAUUUUACAGUUAAAUUCUAAAAAUUUUGAUUCUUUGUCAUGUUUAUACUUAAUCUUGGCAUAGCCAUGUUACACUCGUAGAAGGCAAGGGAUUUUAGGGUGGGAGGUGGUGGUGAAAAUAUUGACGGUAUUGCCUUGUGCUUUUUUUGUAUGUGUUCAAAUGACAUGACAUAUUAGAUAAGAAUUUUAUAAAACAAUAAUAUAGUUUGUUAAGAAAUGAAUAUUAAGUGUAUAAUACAUGCUGUAUAUUUUUCUGGCAAAGUGUAUAAUUAUAAAUCAAAAUGGCAUGAAUCCUAUUGGUGAAGAAUUUGAGAGCUGAACCUAGACUCUUUAACAACUUUACAACUCAUGACCCGAGGAGAGAAGGAGAGACAAAACUCUCAUUAUCAUAUCAAUCAAUCGUCUCUUGGCCGGUUGUAUGGCAAGGUAAACUACUAGAGCGCUAUCGAUUUAGAAUUUUGAUAUAUUAUGAAAUUUUUGUAGUUUUUUUUUUAUAGUGCUGCAUUGUGUUGUUGGUGCUGCAUCAAAGCAUAGCUACUUUACAGCUUUACAGCUGUCUAGUUGUUCUCCUGGGGCAAUUCAUAUCGCUAGGGGAUCUCAUGGGGAGGCCAGUUGUGGGAGUCAAUGUUGUGAAUUUAUGGACAUUUUUAAGUCCCAGUUCACUGAUUUAUAACACGAUAACACUGAGCUCUGGUGCGUUUUUAAGUUUUACUCGAUUUUGUAUGUUAUUCGAGUGAAGAUAAGGAUUGCUUUUUAUCUUUUGACAAAUCAAAAGAUUAUGUAAAACAAAUGACAUUCACCAUAUCAUAAAAGGCUAAAAACAGGUCCAGUGGAAUUAGAAUAUCCAUGUUUUGUGUUUGAAAAUUGUUUUUUUUUUCCCCUGAAAUCUCAUUUUGAAGCCAGUUAUUUUGGUUUUAUCUUUUUGAUUUGAUUCAAAUUGUGUUUGCUGUGGCAUGUUACUCUAUAAAUUAUGUGUCUCCCAUGUUUUCACAUAUCAAGAUAUUUACUUAUUUAUACACUUUGAAUCUUUUACUGUUUAUUAAAGGAUAGUUCACGGGUCUGGCGACAAUUUUCAUGACAUGGUGGGUGCUUUUCUCUCUCAGAUCACAACCCAAAGAUCAGGGUGUGUACGAUAUUAUCGGUUAGGGUACUUUGUGUUUCAUUCACAAUGUUAUUUAAAUGAUUUGAUGCUUUUUAGUUUUUGUAAGAGUUUUACGGCACUGGCAACACAAUAAGGUCAUAUAAGUGCCGAAAAUUAGAGGUGUUACAAGAGAGUAACAAACACAAAAUAGAAGGAGGGAAGUUAAAAUGAUAGAUGUUUGAUAGGAAAGAAGGAGCAAACCACACCAGAGUACCCGCCAACCACCCACAUGAUUUGAUGCUCGGGUCAAGAAUUCCUACGGGGAAAUCUGUUUCCAGUGUCGUGUCUACAAGCAUUCUUGCAAAUAACUUUGGGCAGUGAUUAUUCAAAUCCUUACAACUCGGGUACCUAUCAUUGCUGUCAUUCGGCAUUAUAGUGUGUUCAAAUUUCGAAAAAAUGAAAAUCAAGUAUGUAGUAAAAGUUUGAUGAGGUGCACCGAUUGGUCCAAGUCUCAUUCCUCUUCUUUAAGAAAAUAAUGAAUUUAGACGCAUUAAACAUUUUGUAUCAGUAUAAUCACCUGAGAGAAAUAAAACAGUUUUUUUUGCUUCUUCUGAAGACCCCGUAUUUUGACAUAUAUGACAAUGAUAAAUGACUGACUGCAAUGAUAUUUAUGCACUUGCAGUUAAAAGCUGAGCUGGGCAAGCACUAGUCUGAUAAAGACUACCAAAAUUCUCACUGAUGAGUGGGAAGUGCCUAGGUAUUGUUUAGUUAGAAUAAGCAAGAACAUUAAAAAAACCUGAUUAACUUACUUCUAUGUGUAGUGUGUUCACGUUAGGAGAUGAGCCAGUAAUCAAAUCUGUUACUGUUACUAUAUUUAUUUUAUUUUGGUGAAGUUUUUUUAGAUCUAAAAUUUUGAAAACUAUGUCAGUGUGUAUUCCAAAAAGCUUUUAUGGAAAUUCUGUUGUCUGGUUUGGAAGGUAUUUUUAAUAAUACUAAUAAUAUGUUGAUAAAUAACUGUCUCAAUUUUUUUGUUUUUCAUCUAUAAUUUUUAUUUGGCUGAGAAUAAAAUAUGGCUCUUGUAUGUGAACUUGAGUGAAACGACAUGCUUUUGAGAAACUGUAAUGUUGAUGAUUUUAUAUUUAAUGCAUAGGUGUCAAACUCAAGGCCCGCGGGCAGCAUCCAGCUUGGCGAACAAUUGUAUCUGGCCUGCGAGAGAAUUUUAGGAAGCCUAACCUGAGAAUCUCCAUAACACAGAAACUUAUUCCAAACAUGAGCGGACUAGUUGCCUACAAAAUGUACCAAACAUUCAACUCUUGAAAAAUUGAGCGUAAAAUUAUAUGCCUUGAUUUGUUCAAUUGUUCAAACUUGUUUUCUAUUUUUUUUAUAAUAUACAUUUUAAAAAAGGUUUAGUUCCAAUGCUCAACGAGUGUUUAUUCAGUGCGACCCUUGACCUUAGGUAUAAUUUUGGCCCCUAGAAUGAUUGAGUUAGACACCCCAGAUCUAAUGUCUUUGUUACCAGUUGCCUCUCAGAGUGUACAGUAGAGCGAUUAGCUUCAUUUAUGAUUUGUUUUACACAUAUGAGAGAUUCAGGCAUGUUCCGAACUGCUUGAGCAGUUAAAACACUACACAAGGUGCUAUCUAUACAAAAGGAGGGGAGAAGAAUGAGCAGUUAGUCCCCUAGAGCAGUGCUUGCCAAUGCGGGUGAUAUCGCCCACCGGUGAUUUUGGUGGGCAGGAGGAAUCACCUGUGUAGUGACAGGUUUUAUUUAUGCCCGUUUUGGAAAUACGUACAGGGGCAGGACAAAACAAAAAUUUUAGCCUCUUAAAGGUGGCAAAAGUGAACGCCGGAUUUAAAAAUGUUGACAAGCACUGCCCUAGAUUGUUCUGGGUAUAUGGUAUUAUGAUCAAACUUCACCUUUCAUUAGUUUAAAGUUUUUUUAGUUUUCUAUUUUGUUUUGAAUGACAGACCGUAAAGCUGGCUUUGAAUUUGUGCAUUUUUCCAUUCUAGAAAAAUGGAAACAGUGUAUUAUACUUUUAUACACAUUUAGAUUCAUAGUCCCGGCUUUGCAUGGAUUAAGGGAAUGUCAGAACUGUGGUUGUCACUGUUUUAUGAUUUGUUUCAAAAGAAAAUGCUCAUUUUUUUAAUAUGGAGGUUUACUUGAGGGAAAGACAAUGCUCAUAUUUUUUUAAUUUCGAAUUUUUAUGGUUAGUUGUUGAUUAAGCUGCAGAUGAUAUGGUAGUUGCAGAACAAAAGUUUUCUUUGUCUCAGUCCCAUAUAAUGAUAUAUAACUAAAGCCAGGCAUGAGUCUAGCAGCUAUCUUGUGGGCAUUAUGGACACUGGUCAACCAUUCAGUUUUUCCAUUAUAAUCUGAAGACUGAUGAUCUUAUAGAUCCAAGAGAGGAGAGCAUUUACAGAAGUAGUAAACUACCACUUGUCGCCAACAUGGCAAAAAGAGAAAAAAAAUACUGGAAAUAAAAACAAGCAACUUAAAUUGAUCACAAAUGCUAAAACUAGCUGCAGAUAGUUGUACCUUUCCAUUUCCUAAAGUGGAGUCGAUGUCCAUCUUAAAGCUGCUUUUAUCACCUUUACUUUGAUUUUGCAGCCUAGGGGAUUAUAAUGCUUUUGUGGGUUUUUAAAUCUCACAAUUGAGGAAGAAGUAAAUGCAUUCUCUCAAAGGUUGAGGCAAAAAAAUAUCAGUUUAAGCAGUUAGAUUUAUUUGCCAGCAAUUAAUGUCAAGGAGAUUGAUUAUAUGGCCCGUAACUCAUGAGGCAGCCCUAUCUCAAAUGAACUUGUAUAAUAAAAAAAAAAAUAGUGACAGGGAAGAGGAGCAGCACAAAACCCUCAACUGCUUUGUUUUGUUUGCAGUUUUGUUUACCUCAGAUAUACGUGUAUAUAUGUGGCCACAGAUAUUCUUCUGUCUAUGUGUUCAUGAGCUUGCUGUUUCUGUCAUCGGGUCAUGAUAUUCUCAUUCUACCACCUAUGCGCCUGUUGUUCUCAUGCAAUUCAGAUUUCUUUCAGCCCGGCCAUCUGUUGCGACAUAGUGACGUGAUGAGUUGCUGUGUAUUAUAAUGUGGAAUUGUAGUUUGUUUUAAUCUCAUCUGUGUAUCAUGGUCCUUUUUUGGCCCUUUGUGUCUUGACAAACAGUUUUUAACCACCAUUGGUCCAGUGAACGGAGAUGAACGUUUUUCAACGAUUGUUUAAAACAAAAAGUGCAGGGAUUUGAUGAUUUUUGUUUUUAAGAAUGCCCAGCCCCUUACCAUUUAUCUCUUUGUGAGAUUCUUUUUCAGGCUGUGCCCCAAUUAUAAGAUUUAAAAAAUGCUUUCAGUUUUUGAGUCUGAGGCUAAACUUGCGGUUGUUGUGAUGUUGUUGUGAUCGAUUCAGAAGACUUGCGGUACAUAACCGGUAUCUACUGGAUAAAAGUUGUGAGAGCUAUAGGCCAAUUCUGGGCAUAAAAAAAGGAAACUUUCAGUGAAAAUGAUUAGUUGCAUGUGACCUCUGGGCCAAUUCAAUGCAUAAAAAAAGGCAAAUUUUUAGUAGUUACACAUGCGACCUGACAUUGUGUGGCACAAGGUAUUCAGUAUUCAGCUGGGGGAGUGGGGCCAUGUUCAUCGUGUACUGGUACAGUGUUUGGUGUUGUGUUCUCGUAUUUUUUCAGUCUGAGUGGACUCUGGGGUAGUGGGAGAACUUUGGAGUAUCAUCAGAUUACUUUGUAACUGGACCACAGGGUGCUUAUUUGUCACGGAGGCUGGUGGAUUUGAGUAUUUUCUGUUCUGGAGCAGGAUUAAUGUCACAUAAUGUUUUGACUUCAUAGAGUUUAGGUUACGCCUGCAAGUUCUGGUGUAUACCUUUGUUUACAUUGCGUGCCAUAAAUCCUUUUUGUGGCUUUUGAUUUGCAGUAUUUGAACUUCUAAGGAUGGUUUAUCUUUUCAACCAUGAAAGGGAAUGGAGUAGGUGUUCACACCUGUUGUACAUGUAUGAAUUAUUCUAUCUAUCUAACUCUAACAAAUCUGUUGUUAACUCUCCAAGUGUUAGUUACAAAUAGCCAGUGGAGUCAGUAAAUUAUUUGAUUUCAUUAUAUUACGUUGGAAAAUGCCUGCGAACCUGCAAACCAAGCGUAUAAUGGUCAUAAACUUAAGUAUUUUCAGAAAGUAGAAUGGAAAUAGGAAGUAGAACUAAUUUUUGAAGGAGGUGAAAUUUUUAAUGAUAAAGUAAUAGGAUAAACAAAUGAAAAUAGCGGCUCAAAUUGCGGCCAACUAAAUUAGCCAUGACACCAUAGAUUGAAACUUACUGCCGAUUUAAUCGGCCGUUGAGAUUUGGAGGGUAGUCAUUAUAUAUGGGUCACAUCUGAGGCAAUUAUUACGUGACAUUGCCCUUUUUUUGCCUGCUUUAGUGAACAACUCAUAGACGUUGACUUUCCCAUCAGUUUAGACUUCUUGAAGUACAAACCGUGCCGUCAUUUGCCCUAAUCUAAGUCAACUUCCUCCCCUCCAUCGGUCUAUUGGGGUGUUGUAGGCUACCUCAUUCAACCAUGGUUGUAGGUGAUAGACAGGGUGGAAACAUACCCCCACCUGUAUGGUUUAGAUUGUGUCGAUGGCAUAAAGAUUUAGUCAUCAGAAACUCAUUUUGGCUUGAGGGGAGGCGAGCAAAUGGUCAACUUAUUUCCUUUCCUGCUUAAGUUCUAGUUUGCUUUAACAUAGUUUUCUAUUUCACAAUAUAGUUUUCUAUUACAUAAGUCAAAAAGUGUGAUUUAGUCAAUGUAGUUUUCUACUACUACUACUACUACACAAAUCGAAUAGUGUGAUUGAUGCCCACCAAGCUUUUAAUGUUUAGAAAUUUGAGCCAAUAUUGUUUUGUGUGUGAAUAAGCUUCUGUCUGCUGAUGUCCUGUCCUUCCACAGUACAUGCUUGGUUAUGCUAUCUUCUCUUGUAACUUGGCACAAUGUCAUGUAUUUGUUAUGUGUAGGGUGACGGUCAUACACAUCAAUAUAUUACAUCGAUAUUUAUAUAAUAUGCAUAAAUUAUGUGUAUUCUCCAUGCAUGGAGCCGACUUAUACACAUGAUUCCGUAUAAUACCAAAAAUCAAAAGUCUUCAUCGUACAUUUAAUUUCUUGCUCAGAGAUUCAGAAUAAAUGUUGAUCUAUGUCAUUUAUUUGUUUGAUGGACAUUAUGUUUUCAUAAAUUAAUAUGAAUGUACUCAACAUCAACGGUUCAAGGGGUUAAUAGUACAUCAGAUCCUAAAGUUUCAAUAUCUAACAUUCUGUAAUUUUAUGACUUUUCAUCUCUACUUUAAGAGAUAACAGGAUAUCUGGUUUCAAGAGGGCUGAUAGGCCAUUUAAUUUUUAAGUGGUUAGAGGUUUACUAGGACAUUUUGCCCUAGUUUUUUUUUCUAUAUAUAUAUAUAUAUUGGUCAGGUCAUGUAUGCUGUACAUUAGUUGACUUGCACAGUGCAGGGAUGAGUCAAUAGAAAAUGGAUCUUGCUUUUUUGUUUGAGGAGGAGGGUAUUUGAGUUGUACGUUGUAUUGCUCGAAGUGUUACAUUAAACAAGACAGGGGCCCAGUGGGAGAUGAACUGGGAAGAAGGUGGUGGCAAUAGAGGAUUGGACAUACUCUCAGGAAGCCAGGCAGUUGUAUGGCAAAGAAAGUUUUCGACUGGAAUUCGCAUGGUUAGAGGUCAAGGGGAAGGCCACAUGGUUCCUGGAGAAUAGUCACAUAGAAUGAUGUAGGCUACAGAAAAGUGGGAAGACAUGAAAUAAUAUCAAGAAGCCAGCACAGGAUAUGGACAGAUGGAAAGUAUUUGUUAGCGACGUUUUUAGAGUCGACUCUAAGUGUGCUACUGUUACUUGCACCCGUGCACAAGCGAUUUUGAUCUCUUUCUCUCUCAUCUUGAAAAUGAAAUUCCUUGAGAAUACAUGAAAACUCCAAUGAAAUAACCAGAUAAGUCACAGUUUUUAAGAAGAUGGUUUUUUUUUCUCCUGUUGCAUUCUUUAGAAAUUGAAUUUUGUUCUCCUCAAAUAAAUCCAUGGAUAACGACAACCAAAUCUUGUGCUAUGUUACUUAAAAGAAAUGAUGUAGGCUACUCACUAUGAGGUACACACUUUCAAACCUUUUGAUAUUCAGUUUUCUCCACUUUUUAAAACUGUGACCUCUCUGGGUUUUUCCUCUGGAGUCUUCACAUAUUUUUUUAUCACCGGGAACUUUUAAGAAUUUUUUUGGCUUAGAAGUUUUGCAUAAUGCAUCGAUUCAUUUCUGAGAACCUUUUGCAGCGUAAUAUUGUUUUCCUUAGUGUAUGAAUUCACCCUACAAACCUUUGCCUUAAUGUGCCCAUGUGGAGGGGUGUGUCUUGUGUUGUUGUUUUUUUGUUCUGGAUCCCAUGAAUUCAGGACCCAGAAGCUCUCAUUGUAAGACUUUCACUUUUGUUUUGUGGUUUUAUUAAUUUUGUUUUCGGUGCAGUGACUCACUCCCAUUAUUUUUAUGACCAUGGCUACAUCAAAGAAACAUGUCGCUGCCUGUGGUCGUGGUGAAUGGUUUGUGAAGGUUGUAACAUCAUUCAUUAAUCUAAUCUCAUCUUGGUUUGUUGGCCUCAUCUUGCAGUAUAGCCCCGAACAAAAUUCACGGGCUCCACCGUCCACCACUAAAAUCAUUGCAGAAAUAGCGACAGGAGUGGAGGUUGCAAUAAGGAUUUCAUGAUGGCUUAUGACAAUAUGGUACACUGGUGCCUGUCACAGAGAAAACACCACUGUAUUUCUUUUGAAAUUUCUGAGGUAGGGCCUACAGCCAUAGGAACUGUUUCAUAAAAAUUUCAUUGCUGACAUUCAACAUUGUGUGUUGCCUAAAGUUUUUAAAAAA